GUGUGUUAUCGCUGCUGUCAGGACUCAAUGGUCUCCUCCUCCAGGAUCCGCUUGAUUUGGCGUCAUUUCGUGAAUAGUAGAAUGGGCGAUAUGGCUUCUAAAGCCCAGAUGCCGACUCCAGAGACAGCUUUGCCCGGCCGGACCGACGGCACCAUGAAAGUUUCCGCCAAACAUGACGUGAGCGGAAACAGAACUGUUCCUCCUUUUCCUGAAGGGACAGAAAUGGUCAUGUUCGGUAUGGGCUGUUUCUGGGGAGCAGAGAGGAAGUUUUGGAGACAGAAGGGGGUUUAUUCCACUCAAGUGGGAUACGCAGGCGGAUACACAGUAAACCCCACCUACAGGGAAGUCUGCACAGGUCAGACAGGUCACACUGAAGUGGUGAGGGUCGUCUUCCAUCCAGAGAAGAUCAGCUUUGCCAACCUGCUCAAAGUUUUCUGGGAAAGUCACAACCCGACUCAAGGUAAAACCUCAGCCACACACACAAGCAGAAAGUUUUAUAUUAAACCAGACAGAAUGGAAACUGUACUGGAUCAGGAAGCGUCAGCAUCCAAAGAGCAAUACCAGAAGGGACUCACAGAGGAAGGUUACGGCGCGAUUACAACAGAAAUAGCCGAGGACCAGACGUUCUACUAUGCUGAAGAUUACCACCAACAGUACCUGAAUAAAAACCCUGAUGGAUACUGCGGCCUGGCCGGGACCGGUGUCUCCUGUCCAAUCGGAAUCAAAUCCAAAGCCUAGAUAACCAACGAUGAGCCGAGAGUCCUCUUCUCUCAGUUUAGCGAGGGUUUCAAUGAUGGGGCUGUUUUAUGAUUUAAACUGGGUUACAGAUGCAAGCUGGGUCUUAAUUAUAUACACAUACUUUCAGAUUUUAUUUAUAAUUCUUUAAUUUCCAUCUCUCAAUCAAAAUAAAGUUGGUAAUGGAUGUCAAUCUCCUCAAGUCUUUGCAGUAAACAGGAAACUUGCCCUGGUCGUAGAACUUAUGAUUAUUUGGGGUAUGAUAAAGAAGUUUUUUUUUGUUUUUAUAUACAAGGCUACGCUCCUCUAAACAUACAGUACUAGGCAUGAAAUUGCCUACUAUUACAGAAACAUGCUGAACUGUAUUGUCUUCAGACUACAUUGAUUCAGAGAGGUAUUCAAUCAGGUGUGUAGAGUCCAUAUUUCACUGAAUUUUAAAUCUGAUUGUUGUUGGCAUGAUCUUACUGAGAGUUGUGCAUUUUAACUUCAGAUGUAAAUCAGGUUUUCGUAGCUCAGGUAGCUUAAAUAAUUACUAUUUCAGUAAAGUUUGCUUUGAAGCUGA